GGGAAAGUGCCCACAACAAACAUUGCUCAAAAAGUUGCCCUGUGUAUCAUCACCUUGUGUGGUUAUAACCACUGGAGAUGCGACGGCCUGAAAGUACAGUGCCCUAAUUGCAGAGCCAGUGGUCAUUCUGUAGGAAAAUAUCAGUGUCUUGAAUUUGAUGCAAGCGGCUAUUGGCAAACAUUGUUUAUGAGGAGACCAUUGUUUUAACCAAGUUUAUGAGAAGAGGUGUGACGUUUGUUGGCUUCGGCUUGUUAAAAACCACUCUUGCUGCCGCUUUCUGGAUCAGUUACAGAGGUCUGACAGUUCAUGCUGGAAGGCCUGCCAAGAGAGCCUAACAAGUGGAACAAGUGUUUGCUCAGUCAGUGUGUUUGUGUUUUUACAAUAGGGUAAUUUUUUUUUUUUUCAGUUUGAAUUCAGUUCAAACGGUCAGUAAUAAAAUAAGAACAAAUAAACAAAUGACUAACAAUAGCACAAAUAAACACAAUAGAAUAAAGAUACAAAAAAUAAACUGCUUUAAGCUUUUCAGGUAGGUUUAACAGUAGUAGGGCUAUUCAGGUAAGAAAUACUACAGAAACUGAAUAAAGAAAUGAAAUGUAAAAUAACCUUGGAUAGUCUUCAGUUUAAAAAUUAAAUACAGAUAAAUACAGAAGUUACAAACCCGAUUCCAAAAAAGUUGGGACACUGUACAAAUUGUGAAUAAAAAAGGAAUGCAAUGAUGUGGAAGUUUCAAAUUUCAAUAUUUUAUUCAGAAUACAACAUAGAUGACAUAUCAAAUGUUUAAACUGAGAAAAUGUAUCAUUUUAAGGGAAAAAUAAGUUGAUUUUAAAUUUCAUGGCAUCAACACAUCUCAAAAAAGUUGGGACAAGGCCAUGUUUACCACUGUGUGGCAUCCCCUCUUCUUUUUAUAGCAGUCUGCAAACGUCUGGGGACUGAGGAGACAAGUUGCUCAAGUUUAGGAAUAGGAAUGUUGUCCCAUUCUUGUCUAAUACAGGCUUCUAGUUGCUCAACUGUCUUAGGUCUUCUUUGUGGCAUCUUCCUCUUUAUGAUGCGCCAAAUGUUUUCUUUCAGAAGGAAGCAUGAAGUGCUCUAAAAUUUCCUGGUAGAUGGCUGCGUUGACUGUGGACUUCAGAAAACACAGUGGACCAACACCAGCAGAUGACAUGGCAGCCCAAAUCAUCACUGACUGAGGAAACUUCACACUGGACUUCAAGCAACAUGCUUUCUGUGCCUCUCCACUCUUCCUCCAGACUCUGGGACCUUGAUUUCCAAAUGAAAUGCAAAAUUUACUUUCAUCUGAAAAGAGGACUUUGGACCACUGAGCAACAGUCCAGUUCUUCUUCUCCUUAGCCCAGGUAAGAUGCUUCUGACGUUGUCUUUGGUUCAGAAGUGGCUUGUUGUGACAGUUGUAGCCCAUUUCCUGAAGAUGUCUGUGUGUGGUGGCUCUUGAUGCACUGACUCCAGCUUCAGUCCACUCCUUUUGAAGCUCUCCUAAGUUCUUAAAUCAGCUUCGCCUGACAAUCUUCUCAAGCCUGCGGUCAUUCCUUUCACUUGCACACCUUUUCCUAUCACACUUUUUCCUUCCAGUCAACUUUUCCAUGAAUAUGCUUUGGCACAGCACUCUGCGAACAGCCAGCUCUUUCAGCAGUGACCCUCUGUGGCUUACCCUCAUUGUAGAGGGUCUUGAUGACCGGCUUCUGGACAACUGUCAAGUCAGCAGACUUCCCCAUGACUGCUGUUGGGAUUACUGACCUAAACCCAGUAUUUAUACCCUGAGAAUGGUCAUUUAAUAGAACUUGAAAUUAAAUAUUCUAAUAAUUUGAGAUACUGAUUUUUUGAUUUUGAUGAGCAGCAAGCUGUAAUCAUCAACAUGAAAACAAAAAAGUCUGGAAAUAUUUUACUUUGUCUAAUAAAUCUAGAAUUUAAGUUUUUACUUUUUGAAUUAAAUUACAGAAAGAAAAAAAAACCUUUUUUAUGAUAUUCUAAUGUAUUGAGAUGCACCUGUAUACCUCCUCUUGAGCUGAUUAGAAAGACUGUUUGAAUGUGCUCCUCCCAAACUUUGUUUAUAAAACAUAAUUCGCUUGAAUUCUGCAUUCUCUUGAGGCGGACAAUUAACUGUAUAUACUAGACACUUAGUCUACAUUUUAAAACCUUUAUUUGAAUAUGGAAACAUUGAAUAUUUUUCAAACCUCAUUCUACAAUAUUUCUAUGAUUAAAUUGCUGACUCCUCCCCCAUCAGCCAAUCACUGUGUGUAUACUCCAUAGCAACAAGGUCAACCCCGCCCUUACUCUUCUCUCUAUUCCUUAGUAAAAGUUUGUCUCAGCAGCUUUGUGAAUAGGUUUUAAGAGAAAACUCUCAGCAAAGAACUUUUACUGCUAUUUAGGAGAACUCUUAGUGGUAAGACAAAAUGUUUUGUGAAUACGGCCCCUGAACUUCUAGUAGAUGUAAUGAAGUCUGCUUUGUUUACAGUUUACAAUUCCAGACACCAAUAGGAAAAGAAAUGUACUAGAGGACAUAGAGAAAGAAUGCAGGUUAUAUAGGAUUGAGCUGUCUCCGAUGCGUGACUUAUCAUUAUUGCAGAAUAUGAGUCAAUUGAUGAUAGUUAUGAGUAGUGAGGAAGUUUAAGGUGAGAGGGGCGGAGUUACAUGUGGAAUUUUAACCUCUCCAUCACAGUCAGAGCGCGCACACACACACACACACACACACACACACACACACACAGGCUCCAGCUCUCGUGCUUGUGAUGGCAUUGGUGUUUCUCCGAUGGAUCUUCAGGCUGCUGAUGGUCGUGAUCAUCUCUCAGGGUGUGUGUGUGAUGUUCUACUACACAUCCAACACACACUUGCCCAGAGAUGCACUGACAGAGACGCUUCAGCAGCUGCACUGCACAAAACUCCGACGCGAGUUUUCUGUUAUCGAUCCAGCCAAAAGUCUAGACAUGAAGAGUGUUACCCAGAAACUCUCCGAUUUCUUAAACUGCCCUUACAAAACGAACACAACUGAACAGGACAUAAACAGAAUCAGGCUGCAGUUUUGUUGUAACGCCACAGGAUCAUUCAUCCUCACCAAACGCAACACAGCCGUCAAUCAAACCAUCGAAUAUGAAACAAGCUCAAAAAGCACAUACAAAAUAAAUGCAGCACUUCACAGUAUGCUGCCCGAGGACUUCCCCUGGUCCGGUCGGCGUCUGGGUCGGUGUGCUGUGGUCGGCAGUGGUGGGAUUUUGAAAAACAGCAGCUGUGGACGUGAGAUUGACAGCGCAGACUUCGUCAUACGAUUUAAUUUGGCUCAUGUUAAUGACAGUGAUGUUGGACUGAAGACUGAUCUGGUAACCAUCAAUCCCACUCAGAUUCAGAAAGAAUACAAAGACCUGGAGAAGAAUCCGGAUCCGUUGGUGGAGCGGGUCAGUGUGUAUGGAAACGCCUCUCUCAUUGUUCCUGCCUUUGCCUACACAUUCUGCACAUCACUGUCAAUGAAAGCUCUCAAAGUCCUCCAGCCAAUCAGACCUCAGCAGCCAGUGGUGUUCUACAGCCCUUAUUACCUGCGGAAACUGGACCGCUUCUGGAAGGGGCGUGGCAUACGGGAGGUGCGGCUGUCCUCGGGGUUCAUUAUGAUCAGCACAGCGAUGGAACUGUGUGAGCAUGUGCACGUUUAUGGAUUUUGGCCAUUCGACAGCGACCUGCAGGACCGUCCGGUUCCGUACCAUUAUUACGACCAGCUGAAGCCGCACCCCUAUAUGCACAAGAUGCCGGAGGAGUUUGUGCGGCUGCUGCAGCUCCACAGCCAGGGGGCGCUGACACUACACCUGCAGCCCUGCUCCUCACAGACACACACUCAAGAUUAUGUUUGAUAUCUCUUUGAAAUGCGAUGAUUUAACUGUGAGCACUGCAUGUUUCAAAGUAAAAACGUGAUGCAGUUGCACGUUCUGCAGGCUCAUGUUUUCAAAGCAGUUCACAAUCAAUAUGACACUGUUGAUGAAUAUGACAAUGUUUACCUAUGGUGUUUAUAUAAUUCUUGGAAACUUGUCACAUUUCUAAAAAGUGUAGCUACAUUGUUUACAGGGUUUACCAGGGUAACCGCUAUAUUUCUGUUGUUCCAUAAGCAUCAGCUACAGUUAGAGAGUGAAAUUUCAUUUUCAUUAGCUGAUGGAUUGAAAAGAAGCACUAUAUAUAUAUAUAAUCAUAUUUAUAUAAAUAUAAAUACAUUUAUAAUCUAAAACUCUCUUGGCUAAAAGGGUUAGUACACCCAAAAAUGAAAAUAAUGUCAU